CACCAGUCGAAUGACCACAAUAGCUUUGCCCUGGAAAUGAACACACAAGAGCAUUUAGAUGGAGAAGUUGCAGCUGAUAACACCCCAAACACACCUUUUCUGUAUCAACAGCAUCACCCUUUUGACCUUGUGGUAGCCUCUUCUAGCCAGUUCACAAAGCAAGAAUCACCAGCAGAGCCUUAUUCCCACAAACAACAAAACUCAAAUACCUCGACCUUGAGCUAUUGUUCGAGACUGAGCAAUUUCACCAGACGCUCUAGUAAUACCACCAACGCAAGUAAACAGGAAGAUGAGCAUAAGCCGUUGAUUUCUACGGUUUAUUGGGAUGACGAAAGUACCAUCUGCUAUCAGGUGGAAGUCAACGGAGUGUUGGUGUCCAGAAGAAGUGAUACCAAUUACGUGAAUGGCACCAAACUUCUCAAUGCGGCAGGCUUGAGUAGGGGAAAAAGAGACGGAAUGCUUAAACUGGAGAGACAAAAGACCAUUGUGAAGGUGGGCUCUAUGAACUUGAAAGGUGUUUGGUUACCCUAUGAUAGGGCUUAUGAAAUUGCUAGAAACCAAGGCAUAAUUGACUUGUUGUAUCCAUUAUUACGGAGAGACUUGGUUGAGUUUUUCAACCAUGAAGGAGCACAUCUUAGGAGAGGUGAUGAUUUUGAGGUACCCAUCUCCACGUAUAUUAAUUAAAGAGCUUUCUUCUCCUCGUCUGUGUUAUUAAGUAUGAACGCACGCUAAUAUUCAUACUAUUUAUGUAUUUUUCGUCAAGAAACUAUACCUAUAUACUCAAAGCGCAUACAAAUAAACUUAGGUGGUCCUGGUUGAUGGAACGAGAUUCCCCCUCUUAAAUUGCUCCAAUUCAAUACUUUGAUAGAGGGCUUUGAAGGUUCCUUUUCCAAAUCCUUGGUGGUGGUGUCUUUGAAUAAUUUCAAGAAAUAUCGUGGGUCUAUCA